CAUAGGGUAUAAUGUGGUAAUAUCAAUAUAUAUUUCGUUACCACCCAAUACCAUAUGGUAUAGAGUCAUAAUAUCAGUAUAUAUUAUCUAAAAGGAAAAAAAAAAACAGAAGGAGGGAGAGAAAAAAUCGUCUUCUGAUGCCUCUCAUUUCCUCUUCCUCAAUCAAGAACACCAAAAUGCCAAAAAAUUGAGAAAGAUCGGAAUUGAGGCCAACGAGUUGAUGAAGAGAAGAAAUGCAAAGAAAGAGAGUGGCUACAAUUUUUAUUCGUCGAUUGCUAGAGAAAAAAAUGAAGAAGGAAGAUAGCAGAUCUAAAUUUGAAAAGGAGAUUGUGAAAGAAAAAGUAAGAGAGAAGGAAUAGAGAAAGAGAAAAGAUCCGGAAAGAGAUUGAAAGAAAAGAAGAGAGAAGGAAGAAAGUUGAGUUGCAGAGAAAAUGCAUUCUCUCUUUCAUUGAAAAGUCAGCCAUUGAAAUGCGGAAUGAAUAAAAAAAAUAAAAAAUACAAAAACGGACAAAAAUGCCCCUCCCCACUCCACAUCCAGCCCAGCCGUAGGAUUGCUCCAUUCCCAAUCCUACGGCUCCCGUGUGGUUACUGAUGGGUCAGUAACCAGUGGUUACUGACCCUAUCUUGGACCCGGAAUACCCUUCCCGUCCUGCAUUCCGAGCAACCAACCACAUCUAGCCACGUCACGUACACUGUCGACAAUCACGACCAAGAGGCUUGUCGGCCCCACUUAGCACAGCUGAUCAACGGUGGAUGACCGCGGUGCAGCACCGCUGACGAUGGAGCUGACCGCAGGGGAGAAUAUGGAAGUCGGUUCGCUAAAGUUCAAAACCGGCAACUCCUGCAAAUCGUUUGUUGGUAUGGUGGGUGGUUUCGAAAGACGACUACGUUUUGGUACCUGUGGUGGUCGAACUCGGCAGCAUUCGUUGGCUUCUUCGUCAAGCUGCCAAACUUUUGAUUUCGUAGCCUUGUAGCUCUCUCUCUCUCUCUCUCUCGCUUCUGGCACCCACAGCAAACCACUCCAAAAAGAAAAAAACGAAGGCGAAACCGAGAAAGCUUCGCGUUUAGGUUCAUAUGCUUUAAGGGCUCGGAUUUGGCCGUUUGAUGGCGGAAUGAAGCUGAGGGGUUUCGGUUCAUUAUUGUGAUCUAGGCGUUUUCGUUUUGGGAUAGAAUUUGAAUUGUACAUUUUGUGUUCGACGAUUUGCGCGUUCGAAUAUUCGGACGCGUUCAGCUGAAGCAAGCAAGAGGAGCGCUAGCGGUAAGUGAAAUCAGCGUGGAAACACAGAGAUGCAGACGGAGGCGAGAGUGGGAGUGGUGGUCGAAGGAGGAGGCCCAAGGGCUCUGAAUUCGAAUAAGCAGCCGCCUAUUCGGCAACAGCAACAACAUUCGCAGAUCGGAACUGUUUCGCAGCUUCUCGCCGGUGGGUUGGCCGGGGCUCUUAGCAAGACUUGCACCGCUCCAUUGGCCCGUCUCACCAUUCUUUUCCAAAUACAAGGGAUGCACUCAAAUGUUGCAACUUUGGAAAAGGCCAGCAUAUGGCACGAGGCUUCUCGGAUUGUGAGGGAGGAAGGAGUUAGAGCUUUUUGGAAAGGCAACCUUGUCACUAUUGCUCAUCGUUUGCCUUAUUCAUCUGUCAAUUUCUAUGCAUAUGAGCACUAUAAGAAGUUGCUGCAUAUGAUACCUGGACUAGAGAGUCACAAAGAGAGGAUAGGGGGAGACGUAUUUGUUCAUUUCCUAGGUGGUGGUAUGGCAGGAAUUACAGCAGCAACAGCUACAUAUCCUUUGGACCUUGUGAGAACACGCCUUGCAGCUCAGACAAAUGUGUUAUACUACCGAGGUAUUGGUCAUGCUCUUCAAACAAUUUGCAGAGAGGAGGGUGUCCUUGGGCUCUACAAAGGUCUUGGAGCCACACUCCUGGGUGUCGGACCAAAUAUCGCUCUCAGCUUCUCAGUGUAUGAAAGCUUGCGCUCUUUGUGGCAGUCUCAAAGACCGGAUGAUCCCACAGUUGCGGUCAGUCUGGCUUGCGGAAGUCUUUCUGGCAUUGCGUCCUCAACAGUAACAUUUCCUCUCGAUCUUGUGAGAAGACGGAAGCAAUUGGAAGGAGCAGGUGGGCGAGCCCGUGUUUACACGACAGGGCUUUUCGGGAUAUUCAAGCAUAUAAUCAAGACGGAAGGAUUCCGAGGUCUAUAUCGAGGGAUUAUGCCCGAGUACUAUAAAGUUGUUCCUGGUGUUGGCAUCUGCUUCAUGACCUACGAAACCUUGAAAGUACUUCUUGCUGAUCUGCAUGCCACGGUAUAGCUUCUAGGAACUUACUGGAUAAAUUGCUCGUAUCGGGAAACGUGGGGAGAUAGAAUCCCAGCAAACCAGGCAGCUCAUCUUUGAUUGUUGUACCUUGUUUUUUUCCCUCCCCUCAAAAUGUAUUCUACUGGUCUCAUAGCAACCAGUUUUGCUUUGUUGCUGCUGAGAACUCUCAUUUUCACCCCAUGUAGAUAGUUUAGAAGGAAAACUGAAUAUCAAGUGUACCAGUUACCCUUCACAGUAGCCCCUUAUUAAUUACUCUAGCAAAGUCACAUAUGAUAUUCAUUACGAUCAACUGGUUCUCGACAUUGUUUAGAACUUUUUGUGACCGAAAGUUCUUAUGUUUGAGUUGCAGUGACCCAAUUUGUCAACCACAUGGUACUCACACUUCAAGUUUGUAUAUAUGGUGGUUUUCGUUCAAUGAUCUCAUUCUUUGUGGUUACUCGUUUUGUGUCUAUUGUCAUACUUGCAGGAGAUCUUUGUGAUCGGAGAAAGUAGGCUUUGAAAUAUACUACAUAUAGACUA